UUCUAUCGAAGCGGUUGUGCCAGCGCUCGCCAAGCAAACGCAAAUACAAUAUAAAACAUAUACAAAGCAAAAUCCGAUCGGUCGAGAUAAGAAGAGUUCCGUUUUUCGUUCGUUCGUUUCGAGAAUUUCGCUUAAAAGCAUUUCGGCCAAGUGCACUAACCGCAGAAUCGGCGCGCUAGCCAACAAAGCCAGCCACAAGAACCAUUUGAAGAAAGAAAGCAUCAAAAAGUGAUUCUAAAAAAGUGAUUAAUUGUCAAAGUUAUCAAGUUGAGAAAUAUUACUGAAAAAUAAUUUUUUAAAAGUAAAAAAACAUACAUUUCGCUUACUAAACGUCAUGCCAAAGCGUAAAAAUAUAACAUUAUGUCGAUUGUCUGCACGCUGGAGCAAAAAGUGAACUUUUUUAAGGCGGCUGCAACGACCAAGAAUCUGCUGAUACUCAAAAAUAGUACGGAUACCAAUUACCAGGAUAAUACCAACAGCAGCAGCAACAACAACAAGCAAAUACAAUUUCCCCGCAUCCAGCAGCAUCACAGCAGCAGCAACAGCGGUAGCAACUUGCAACAUCAGCAGCAACACUUCCAGCAGACGCUCGCCCAGCUGCAGCACAUCAGCCAGCAGAAGCUAAGCGCCGGCGACUUUAGUCCUUACGGACCACGCCCUCAUACCGGAGGCAAGGAGGAGUCGCUUCUGUUGCUGGCACCGCCAGCCAAGCUUUAUCCGGAGGCAGCAGUGGCAACAGCAAUGCCCGAAGUGCUCAGCGCCACGCCCACUAAUAGCCACAACAAAGCCAUCGCCAGCGCCUCGAUCGCCAUGAUGAACAACGUCCGUUUAACCAAUAUCUCGCCAACGCUGUCGAUGAACGGCAGCUCCAACGAGGCCACAAAUUUGCAUCCCUUGUCCAUGUAUGGAGUCAUCAGUCCCCAGUCCAAUGACAGUGGCAUGUCCGACAGCCUGGGCAAGUUUGCUCCUCGAAAUGGUUACGAUGACAACAUGAUGGGUAAAUCAUCACAGAAUGGCAAUGGUCCCCAAUCGGCCAUGACGGCUGCCCAAAAGGAGCUCUUCUCGCAGCGGAAGCAGCGGGAGUUUACACAUAACAAAAAGGAUGAAAGCUACUGGGAUCGGCGGAGACGCAAUAAUGAGGCGGCCAAGAGGAGCCGAGAGAAGCGACGCUACAACGACAUGGUCCUCGAGCAGCGUGUCAUUGAGCUGACCAAGGAGAAUCAUGUGCUUAAGGCCCAACUGGAUGCCAUUCGUGACAAGUUUAAUAUCUCCGGCGAGAACCUGGUCAGUGUGGAGAAGAUCCUGGCCUCGCUGCCCACCAGCGAGCAGGUGCUGAGCAACACCAAGCGAGCCAAGAUGAGCGGCAGUGGCGGUUCCUCCUCGGGCUCCUCGCCCUCGAACAGUGGCUCCGGUGGUGGCUCAUCUCCAGGUGGCCACAGUCACAGUGGUUAUCCCGUGGGACCGCCACUAUCUCCGCUGAUCUAUGGACCCAAUGGCAAUGCCCGGCAGGAGGCCACAGUGAAGAGUGUGCAUCACAUACAGCAUGCAGGUGCUCCGCUUCAGGUGCCUCCACCACCCUCACACCUGCAGACCUUGGUUGUGCCCGCCCAGCCUCAGCAGCAUCUCUACCAGCCACAGAUCCCGCAGCAGCAGCAGCAGCAGCAACAUCAGCUCCCUCCACACCAGCAGCAGCAUGCGCAGCAACAGCAGUCGCAGCAGCAACAGGAGCCCAGUCCAAGUGCCGGCUCGAGUUCACCAACCAUUGCCGAUCCGCACAACCGCCCGCCACCCAGCACCAUUGCCAAUCUUCAGGUGCAACUGCAGCAGGCACUGAACAGGAAUGUGCGUCCCGAGGAUCUGGAUAGCUUGCGCAAAGCUGUGGCCGCCGGGGCCCUCUACAAUGCGGCGGCUGUUGUGGCCGCUGCUGCUGCUCCUCCACCGCCGCCAUCCGCUGGAUUGUAUGUCCCGGCACCCAACGCUUACAAGGAUCACCUGGCGGCAGGAGCUGGCUCAGCCUGGAGCCACAACGUUGAGGCUGCCGUAAGCAGCAGUGCCGUGGAUGCGGUUAGCAGCUCUUCGGUGGCCGGCAGUGCAGCCAGCGUGUUGAAUCUGUCGCGGCGAGCGUGUUCACCCAGCUACGAGCACAUGCUCUCCUCGACCACCUCCUCCUCCGCCCUGUCCUCUGCCUCCUCUUCGGGCGCUGUCUCGGGAGAUGAUGAGCAGGAACAUGAACCAGCGCACUUGGCUCCCCUGCAGCUCCAGAGGAGUAGUUCCCAGCAGGGCAGCGAUGCCAAUAAUUGUCUGCCGCUGAAACUGCGCCACAAAUCCCAUCUGGGGGACAAGGAUGCGGCGGCCACAGCCCUCCUCUCGCUGCAGCACAUCAAGCAGGAGCCCAACUGCAACCGGGCAUCGCCGCCGGCUUGGAACGAUGGCGGUGACAACUCCAGCGAUGAACGUGAUUCCGGUAUCUCCAUUGCCAGUGCCGAGUGGACGGCGCAGCUGCAACGCAAGCUGCUGGCGCCCAAGGAAACCACCAAUGUGGUGUCCAGUGCGGAGCGUGAUCAGAUGCUCAAGUCGCAGCUGGAGCGCCUGGAGUCUGAGGUGGCCAGCAUCAAGAUGAUAUUGGCGGAGUAACCCGGCUCAAUGUGGCGCAGGCGCUGGAGCAGGAGAGAGAGCGAAGAGACAGAGAGACUUUGAUGGGAUCAAAGUGGCAGGAGUUGAGAAGCGGAGAGUAGAGAGUAGAGAAAGUUCCAUGGCGCCAGUACACACACACACACACAAGUUUUAAACAUAAGCUUAAGAGUAUAUAUCUAUAUAUUGGGAGUCCAAAAAGAGUGUUAACUAUUAGAUAUCGAUGCAUGCUUGUCUCUAUCCUUAUGUAUAACCUGACUUAGACAUAUAUCUAUCCACUGUAUUGAGUCUUGUAUCUAUUUAUACAUGUAUGUUUAUAACUAUAUAGAUCUCGUCAAACUCGGAGCUAAAAAUAUCCUUAGGGUCAUCCCGCCCACAAGAAGAUGAAUUUCUAUUUAACCUCUAUUUGCAUAGCUAUUCACAUCCGGUGACCACCUCGUGCAAUAGUUUGGGGGUCACCGCGUCCUCUUGUAUGCAUCCCAAGUUUCCUUAGCACAGCGGAGAAUGAAGAUGAAUUAUUGCUAGGUAUUUGCUACUGUACAUAUUACACAAUUAAUUAUAUCUACUAUAUAUUAUAUAUAACCAUACGUAUUCCUAUCGUGUACAUAAUUUUAGUUGCAAGCUAAGCUUAUUAUUAUUAUAUUAUAUUAUAUUAUCGUGUAGUGAAGCAAAAACAUAUACAUUACAUUUAAGGAAAGCGUGAAGCACAUUCAAAACAACGUGAGAGAUGAAAGAAAUCUGAAAAGAAUUAAAAGAUAUAUAUUAAAAUAUAUUCUGCAAUAAAUAAUUUUAAAUAUCUUACCUUAAUGUUUGUCGUUCUCAAUUUAUUUAUUUGUUUGCUGCUUUGGUUGACCCCUUAUCGAAGAGGUCACAGCGCUUUAACUAAAUGUUAUAAACAGUUUAAGAAACACACAAAACAUAUAGCUUGUAGAUGAUGUAUUAGUGUCGAGCAUUCACUUUUAAAGUUGUAUUAAAUGCAAAAGCAUAACCAUUUACAUUUAAAUCUUAAAACAUAAAAAAAAAAAAAACAAAGUGAGAAAGCAACAAGAAAAAAUACAUAUGAUUAUUACUACCUUACUAUAUCUAUUGAAUAUUUAAAUGAUGUGAAUCUAU